AUGAGAUCAUGGAUCGGAAGGCGAAGGCAGUUUGGCAUUUACGACCAACUUCUGGUGGAACUCCGAAGCGAGGAUACGCGAUGUUUCAAGAACUUUAUGCGGAUGGUCCCCGAGAUGUUUGAUGAGCUUUUGGCAAGAGUGAGUCCCAGGAUCACCAAGAAACAUACCUGGUAUAGGCGACCCCUGGAGCCUGGGUUGAAGCUCUCUUUGACUUUGCGACACCUUGCCUCUGGGAGCACGUAUUCAGCCAUGAAGUACGGAUGGAGGGUCCCCCACAACACCCAGUCACUUAUUGUCAAAGAGGUUUGCCAAGCCAUCAUCGACGAAUACAUGUCCGAAGUAAUGACCUGCCCUACCACGCCAGAGGGAUGGCGUGCCAUAUCUGAUAAGUUCCUCAAGAGGUGGAACUUCCCCCAUACAUGUGGUGCUAUAGAUGGAAAGCACAUUGCCUGCAAGUGUCCACCAAAAAGUGGAUCCCAAUAUUUCAACUACAAGGGAUUCUACUCUGUUGUACUCAUGGGCCUUGUAGACGCAGAUUAUAAAUUCAUCUGGGCAGACCUCGGUGGUAAAGGGUCAUCAUCGGACGCACAGAUCUACAACAACUCUGAAAUCAAAGAAUUAACAGAAGACGGAACUAUAGGAUUCCCCGUCCCCGAUGCUUUACCAAAUGACUAUCAGAGUGUCCCCUACAUCUUUGUAGGUGAAGAUGCCUUUGCCCUCCGAGAGACAAUGAUGAAGCCAUACAGCCGCCGUGAUCUACACUAUGAAGAGAGGAUAUUUAACUACAGGAUUUCCCGCGCCAGAAGAGUAGUUGAAAACGUUUUCGGCAUCCUGACGAAUCGUUUCCAGGUUCUGUUAACUACAAUGCAGAAUCACCCUGAUGCAGUGAAGCUCAUCGUUAAAGCUUGUAUUGUCCUGCACAAUCUCAUGAGGAUACGCUAUCCUGAAUUACAAAACCAGCAUCUAGACCAUGCAGAGAACAUGAACAACAUCUUCAUUCCUGGAUCAUGGAGACAAGACAGAAAUUUGCUCGACACACAUACAGUUGUUGGGAGAAACACAUCCACCAACAAAGGAAAGGGGCUAAGGAAUCUGUUGAAGCACUGGGUCAACUCAGAGGCAGGUGCAUUUCCAUAG